GAAGCAGUCAGGCUGCUGUCACAUGGUUUGUGUUUUCAGGCUGAUCUGAAGGGAGGAGGAGUUUUGGAGAGAAGUUUGUGGAGGAAACAAUCUGCCGCAGUUUUUCAUGUAGCACCAUCAACAAGUGGCAGCAGCAGUGAAGCGGUACAGGAAGAGCUGAUGUGAUGGAAAUCCCUGCCAUUAAUCUAAAGGCCAUAGUACUGGUGCACUGGCUGCUUACAGUAUGGGGGUGCAUGGCGUGGCUUCCCACCUCCUAUGCCUGGGUGAACUUCAGUGUGUUUGCUAUCGGGGUGUGGGCCAUUGCACAGAGGGACUCCAUCGAUGCCGUGCUCAUGUUCCUGGUUGGGAUGUUCGUGACGAUAGUGACCGACAUCGUCCAUUUCGGCAUCUUUUACCCGAUAAAUGAUUUCGCUGCAGAGAGUGGAAGGAACGUGUUUCGCUUCAGCGCAGGAAUGGCCAUCCUCAGCUUGCUGCUUAAACCUGCGUCCUGCUUCUUCGUCUACCAAAUGUAUCGCGAGCGUGGAGGAGAUUACAACGUUAACUUUGGUUUCAUUACUGUAUCACGAGACAGAGAAGCCUACCAGUCCAUUGACCAACAGGAAGAGCCCCCCACCCCGGCCAACCCCUUCAACCAGGCCCAGGACACAAAGCCAGCGGUCCGUGCUUACUGAGUCUGCACGGUGCUAGGGGGGCUUCUUUUUUUUUACAAUCGAUUCCACAUUUUUCCCUGUUUUAAGUAAAUCUGUUUUGGACUCCAGAAAAAUGUAAUACUUUUUAUACAGUGAAUCAUUACCUCCGUUUGGGCUUAAGAAUACAAAAUAAUUUCCAUUUUUUCUUUAAGGGUUGCUGUUUUUUUGUUUAGUUUUUUUGCUGAGCUGGCACUCCCCUGCUGAAUAAAUACAGAGGAAACACUGCUUCCUCUCCCAUGCUGUGUUACUGUAUUGGCUAGUAUUUCUAGAAGAGAGGCGUUGAAUGGAACUGUUAAGUCUGUUUAGUUUUUUCCAAUUGAGUCAUUUUUACACGUGGCACUUACAGAUAUUAGGUUACUGUCUGUUUAUCUUUGCUCUGUGAACUAUUACAAUGUCAUUAUUCUUGUAUGCAGUAUUAUUUUCAAAUGUUUCUCUAUGGUACAGAAGUGCUUAAAGCACAGGAAUUAUUUUUUUAACACAAAAUUGUUGAAUGUCACGCUUUAGAAGCUACCUUGUGCCUUUUGUACUUUUUCAACUUUAGCUAUGAAAUCCUUCAACUGAGCUGAAGACACGAUGACCAAAUUAAAGUGACAGGCCUUUAUUCUUAUAACUAAACGAGAAGGGUACUAUUCACUUAUUUUGAUGUUGAUCUAUGCAAUGUCCGUAUUAAGACUACUGUAACUCAGAAAAAAAAAAUUAAAGAGUCCCUGUUAUGCU